AUGACGAUGAAGUUGAUUGAUAAAUGUCCACCUGUUACAUCGUUGAGCCAACGCAAGAAGUGCGAAAAAGCCAGAACCCCCUUAGAACGUGUUUUCGCCCCACCCUCUACCUCUUUAACAAGUAAACUGGUCUACUGGAACAAGUUUUGUGCUUUAUGUCACGGAGAACGUGAAAUCAAGCUCCAUUUUUGGAAGAUUGCUUUCACCCAGAGCUGCAAUAUAUCCAUCUUCUAUGUCCCGUCCUGGGAAGAAGUUCUUGAAAUCGUCAAAUCAGAUUUCAAAACUUGUCUGAUGGGCCACAUACCUCCAAGUAUGGAUGGUCAAGAAUUACCUCUGGAUAAUCUUGUUACAAAGUGCAGCUUGAAUUUUAAUGAUACAGACAUAAUGAAAGGUUGUUCGUCAAUGUAUAAUUUGAAAUACAGAAACUAUAAAAAUAUUUUCUGUGCCAUGUGUGUUCCAUUUGAGGAAAAUGACGAUACCUCGGUUAUUUCAUCUUGCAAUCCACAGUCUUCCUCCUAUUUAGGUAUGUCAAAGUCAGAAUUUUACAUACUAGAGAAACGUUGCAAUAAUUCAGGAAUUUAUCCACUUACUUACCCCUAUCAAAAUGUAUUUUGUUAUCUUUGUAAUAUGCGAGUUUCACAGAGGCCACGAGGCAAUGCUAACAUCGUGUAUUAUGCUGAUAUUAAGGCGGAUGUCGGAGAAGUUAUCAGUUUUGAGAAAAUCAAUGCGUACAACAUUUAUUUCCAGAAAAUAAAACUGGGUGAUUUUGAGUGGACGGAAGAUUACAUACGUGAUGUUGUUAUGAAAGUAGAUUUUAACAUUUUCAAGGACCAUGACGCUGCAACCGCUUUAAAUAUGACGCGGCUAGCAAAGUUAUUCGUUGCCACCACUACAGACUGCCCUGGGCUUGACACAGAUUCUGGCUUGAACAAUGAUUUACAGGUCAUUCGUCCAUGUGAAAAUAACACACGAUGUUUGUUUGGAAGAGCUGAUUAUUGCUGUUUAGAGAUGUUUGUAAAAACGCCUGUAAGCUGUAUACCUUCGGGGAGUGAGGAUAAAAGUUACCUUGUUAUCAACGACUGUAUCGUGGAGAAAUUCAACCCACGAGAUCGGAGAGACCGAUCCAAAGAUUUUGCACAAAAACAUCUUUGCAGAAAAGAAAUAAAUUUCCCCAUCGAAUUCGAUGGAAAAUCCUACAAAAAUAUUUUCUGCUUUUUAUGUACAGAGGGCAAAUGGAACAUUCAGACGGCUAAUCUAUGGUCCUUUGCUCUGAAGUGUCCGAAAGAAAUUCCAUUGUUAUACUACGUUGAUGGUGUGCCCAAUAUAAUGAAAGAAGCUCGAAGUCGAAGGUGCGAUGUUAUUUUUGAUACAUCAAGUGCAUAUGAAUGUUUGACUGGCAUCACAAAAUGUUCUUACCAUGGGGAGCAGGACGUAGUCACGGCAUGCCAGGACACGGCACUGCAAUACUAUGGUCGAGGAAGGGAACUUUGUGAAACUUGCCGACAUCCGCCAAUAAGCGCAUUACGAAAGUCUAAUUGCCGUUUGGGGAGUAUUCAUUAUACAAAAGAACUGCAGAGGAAAUGCGAAGAAUUUCCUCAAGUGAACAGCUACAAGUUGGGUAUAUAUAAAAAUCGCUUCUGCUUUGAGUGCAAUGGCUUAACUGAAUCUCCAAAACAUUGUGAACCUCCAAAAAGGGGAUCCACAUACUCAGAAUUCGCUACACUAGAGAAUGUUAUGCAGUCAGUUUUGUCAGGAUCCCCAAAGAGGCUGAAGUCAGAUGAAGUCGGACCUAUCUGUUACCCAGGUCGAGUUUGGUCAGGAAGAAGAUGCGAGGCCCUUUUAAACCACAUGACAAGAGGAAUUUACGUCCUGCAGAUGAUGCUAGACAUUCUUGUGGAGAGACCAACAGAUGAUGACCUAUACGAACAAUUGAAGGAGAUUACAUCUGAAAUCAAUGCACAUCUCAGUGUAGUUCUAGGGAUUGAUAAUUUAGUAGUAAACCUUUUUCCUGUUGGAGUACAAAAGAAGCCAAAUGAUGACUAUAUAGUUAAAACGAUACUUCGAAUAAUACAUCCUGGUGGAGAUUACAACAGAGAUGAGUAUGAGAGAAAACUUUUAAGUAUUGGAAAUUCGCUAGAAGAGUUCACAAGUGAUAACUCUCAAACCAUGAAAGAGUUCACUAUAAUUAAGAUAACAGAGACGCUUUCUUUUUCGUUGAAUGAUGUAAGUAUCGAGUUUUUACCGGAUAUUGUAAAGUAUCUCAGAGGUGUGAAAGAUUUUUAUGAACAAAUUUCACCACCAGUUAACUUUGUUUCUGAACUGUUAUUCUGUGAGCACAAAGUUAUUAGAGAAAGUUACUUAUACGAUGACAAGUCGAUGUCCAUUAAACUCCAAAGCGGUCUGUCCAUCCCAGUAGGACUGUUUAUAAGGUGGAAUGGUAAUAUACAG